AUGGCGCCGAACCACCUCCUUGAGGGCCUUUCCGAGGCCUCACACCUCGACAUCCUCGCCCUCCCUGAAGAGCAACAGGCCAUCCUCCGCAACUUGUGGGUCGCUGAGGGCAAGCUCCAGGCGUAUGGAGCCGGUGCUUCUGCUGCCGAGAACGAAUCCACGCUCGCACGCAACACCAUGAACACGGUGCAGCCCCAGAACAUGACGGCCCACCAGAAGCGCAUCACGGCUGAGUACUUUGUACGCCACCCAUCCGAGCUGGACGAUAGCGGCGACGACGGCCGUGGUGCAGACGGUGCUGUCGUCCCAGGUGGUGAUGCUCCUGCUGCUCGUUUUGCUCCUGCUGCCGUUACCAGCAACAACAAAUUCAGUGCAGUUGACAUUGGCGGCGCUCGGAACGAUAUCAUGAACAACAACAAUAACACCGGGUUUUAUACGACCCAGACGCAAAGAAACAGCGACUUUCCGAGCCUCACCGUCACCUAUCUGCCCCUGGUGCCCAACCAAUCGUCGAUUCAAUCUGGGCCGUUUGAGCCUGUGCCUCAAGCGCAGGUGUCCAGGUUCUCCUCGGCUGAGACUACAGCGAGCGCCAGAUCCCACGUGUCGAGACUGGCAGCUCCGAGCCUGGAGAACAUCUCGGGCAUGUCUCGUGAAGUGCAGGAUAGUGUCCACAAGCACCGCCUGCAGCGCGGCGUUUCGUUUGCUCCCCAUCGACCAACUUCUCUCACCUCAUGUCCCGCUGCGUGA